UUCCUUUUUAGAUUUUACUAUGCAUAAUGUGACAUAUUUUUAAUUACAUCAUGGAUUUAAAAGAUAAAGAUUUUGACUUUGACCAAGAUUUAUUGAAUAAUAUUUUUGAACAAUUAACACUGGAAUCUAUUCCUGAUCUUUCAGGAACUUUGGAUAAUUUAGAUAAUGAACUUAAGAAUUGCCUUGUUGAAAAUGGUAUUAAGGAUUGUGCUGAAAAAAAUCUUUGUGAAAGUAAGCCACAAAAAUUUGACUUAAAUAAUAGCGGGGGAAAUGAUUUUGAGAAAAAUACAGAAAUUGAAAAUGAAGGAAAUACCUAUUUUUCACCCAACAUUUUAAAACUGAAUCAAGAAAAAGUUCCUGCAACACCUAUUAAAACGGAAAUCGAAGAUGAAGAUUUUCAAAUCAUCAAAUUAGAACCAUUAACUGAUUCAUCUUCAUCGGAUUCAUCUGAUGUUGAAAAUGAAACAAGUAUAAUUGAAAGAGGUAAAGAAAAAAAGAAACGAUCACAUAAGAAGAAAGUUUAUUCUUAUCGACGCCCCCCUUCACCAUCAGAAUUUAAAAGAGAAAAUUUGCUUCACACCAAUUUAGGUCUUGUUCUAGAAAAUAACUCUAGUUCUUAUCAAGUCCAACCAAGCUUGCCUUCCUAUUUACCUUUCAAUGCUUGCCAAGUUAACUCUGAUUUUAACAUUUCUUGCACUGAAAGUUAUUAUGUCAAUAGUCCUGAUUCUGGAUUUGGAUCUCCAUCACCACCAAUUGUUUCCUCAUCACCGCCCAAUAGGGAUUCUGAAGUACCAUUAGAUGAUGAAGAUCAAGAGGAGAAAGAAAAGAGGAUUCGAAUCCAGGAAAUUUAUAAUUCAAUUAUAGAGGAGGUAAAACUUUAUCAAAUUGAAGAGUCACAGCAAAACUCUAAUAUCCGUGAUAAUGGUGGUGAUAAUCUUGAACAAAUUUUUCAUUCAAGAUACGAUCCUAUAGAUUCAGUGGAAACAAACAUAACUGGAAAUCCUACAAUAGGAGAUGCUUCAGUGAAUUAUCUUGACACACCUGCUGAAUUUCAAGUGCCAGAUGAAGAUUUUGAGGAUUUGUUUAAUGAGUUUGUUAAUGAACUACUUAAGUCUGAAAUUAACCAAAGUACUAGUGGAACAAUCUGUUCUAGCUCCGAAAACUCUGACUCUGUACCGAGCCAAAAUCCUGUACUUUGUUACAGGCCUGUUGUGCAAGAGGAAAGUGGUAAACGUAAAAUAAGCUAUAACAUAAAGGAUAAUGCUAAAAGAGCUCUUCGAAACUCAGAAUUUUUUGAUGUCGAAAAGUAUAGAGUGGAAGGAAGAAAAAUAUUAAAAAAAAUAAAAUGGCAAGAGAAAAGAAUGGAAAAUGUAAAAAUAAUUGAUUAUGACGAAAGAGAAAAGUUCAAGGACCUGCAACAAACGAAUCUACAUUCUGCUGUUAUCGAAUCAAAUGUAGAAAAAGUGUUUUGCAUAAUUGAAGCUGUGAAAUGUUAUGGUCUUGAGUUAUUUGAUAUCAAUAACAAAGAUGUGUUCAAAAAAACUGCAUUAGAUUAUGCUAUCAAGCAAGACAUGCCACUGUUAAUUAAUUACUUGAAGGAAAACAAUGCUGUUCCUGCUAUUAAUGUGUAAUUAUUCUUUCUAGUACGUUUUCGUCUCUCUAAUUUAUGAAUUUUACUUCAUGGCUUUCUAAAUAAGCUAUUAAUGUAUUUAAUUUUUAACAUUGUUUCAAAUGUUUGAAAUAUGUUGAUUUUAUCAAAAAUAUUUUUUAUUAUGAUUUGGUUCUGUUUAAAGUGUUUUAGAUAUUAUUGAUAUAAUUUGAGUAUAAACAAUGUGUAUGCUGGUUAUGUCACAUAACUCUAUAACAUAUAUUAUUUUCUAUCACAUAAUGUGCAUUCUGAACUUAUAAUUUCUUAAACUCCCAUUUAUAUAUUUUUUAAAAAAAACCAUGUAAUUUAAAAUUGUUGCAUAUUUUAAAAAGUUCUAAAAAUUAUUUUUGAAUUCUUUAAAUCGGGGCUUCCUAAACUUUUUAUGCUGGGUACUCCUUUGCUUUCAAUCGUAUUUUGGUUUAUAUUCAUGAGUGCUUUUUUUUUAAUGAAUUUUUUAGGUUUAUUCAACAGUUUUAUUACAUCAUUAAAGAUUUCAAAUUUAAUUUCAUUGAGACUUUAAAUUCUACUUAUACUUUUGAGAAAAUGUAAUCUUAUUGGACAGAUAUUAGUAAAGCACUCUUGCAAAAGGCAGUUGUGGGUCAUGGAGAUUAAGGCUAUACAGUUUCAAGACUAGUGCCAUUAUAAUGAUAAUUUGGCCUACAUAAGACAUCAGUUGCUUUUAUUUCCUAGACAAACUGGUAUGAUAGGGUUGCAAGUUUACUGCAAAAAAAGGCCUACAUUUGUGGAAAAUUACAAAAGAACUCAAAUACAAACAAACACAGAUUAUAUGCAUUGAAAACCAUGACCAUCCUAAAAACAGGGUAUCUGCGCACCUGGAAAGUCAUGAAAAAUCAUGAAUUUAGGUAUUGAACAAAAUUUGUUAU